UACGCCACAGUUGCGGUGUCUGUGUUCUAAUAAAAACAGCAAACUUCACUGGUCCAUUGUGCAAACGGUAAAAAGUGUUUGGUACAUGCGCAUAUACACACAACCAACGCAGCAACAAUAAGCCAACAUAUUUAGCAAAAAGGUGUGGGAAAGUAAGAGGCCGUCAAAGCAAUAAACCCCAACAAUGUGUAAGUAGCUUAGUUGUUGCUGCUGUGCUGUUGGUGAAGUCCAAUAAAGACGCGGGCAGGGGCAGCGGCGAUGAAACUGCAGUAAUAAUACAAAGAAUGCGUGCACGCAUAUAAGAAACUGCAUAUAAACAAAAGUUGAAAAAAGAAGAAACAUAAAAAAAUACCAACGGCGACAAAGGCGAAGAUAAAAACACAAAGUGAGCCAAAAAUAGGCAAAAUAUUAAACAAGUUUGUUUGGCUGCAACGCAAUAAAAAAAAGAAGGAAAAAAGAAAACAUCGUACGGCAACAAAAAGUAAGGAGAUCACGGCGGAGACAUAAACAUACGUACAUAUGUAUGUGUAUACAUACAUGCGUAUGCAUAUUACUAUUUACAAUUUACAUGUAGUGUGAGGGAAUGCUGACGCUGCAGCUUUUAAAUUUACAAACAUUAAUUCCGGGGAGAGGUCGCCGCCGGAGUAUGGACGACAGGGGCAACAACAGCGAGAACGGUGCCAGUGAUGGAUUGAUCAAUGUCUAUAACUAUCAUGAUAAGAGCUUCUUCAAGUUCCGGACCGACGAAGAUCUAUACUGCGAGAAAAUAUGUAUAUUGAUUUGUAAAACCCUCAAAAUUCUACCGACGGCUCAGCUGCUUUUCGGCAUAUGCGAGCAUGAGGCAACUGGCAAGCAGAAGGCGACCGAAACCGCAACAACUCCAUACAAAUGGCUGCUGCCCGAUGCUAAGCUGAGUCCAGGUGUGCGGUACUACUUUCGGAUGCGGUUUAAGGUACCGGAGCUGGAUCGGCAACUGGAGCUGAUCGAUGUGCAUAGUCAUGACUAUUUAUACUAUCAGAUGCUUCACGAUGUUCUCGAGGAGCACAUCGAGGAUAUGCGGUAUCCGAAUCACAAGAACAAGACCAUGGGCCUGGCCGCAAUGAGUCUGCGUGUCGAUAUGCUGGAGAAGGGACGAUCCCAGCAUGAAAUCGAACGAGAAUACAAAAAAUAUCUGACCGAGAGCGUUAAAUCCCAACACUUUUGGUUUGUCCGCCAUCCGGUGAUCAAAACAUUUCGUAAAUUGGUCGACGGAAAGCCGACAGUAGCCGAUUACAAAUGGCAUUAUAUACACGAGAUCUAUAAUGUGGCGCCCAAUUAUAUGACCGAAGUAUACAAGGCCAAGGUCGACUAUUUACCCAACGAACAGUCGGCUGUGGUGGGCGGUGGUGGUAUCGCGGUCGGCGACAGCAUCUCCAAUUUAAGCAAUACCCUAACAGUAGCCUCCAACGUCACCCUCACCACCAACCUCACAAACGGGGGACGCAGCAACACAAGUGCUGGGAGCUCAAGACAAUCGCGCAGACACGGUUCUUAUAACAGCAGUCUGACAUCAGCAGGCGCGGACAACAAAAUACCCGUCUAUGUGAAGCUAUCGACCCACGACUCACCCGAACCGGGACUUAAGGUUGCGCGAGUCACAUCCGAUGCAACAUUACAGUGGAUGUCUGUUGCUGUUGUCGAGGACAUAUUCACAUUGUACCAGGAGGAGGACAAUGUUGUGAGAAUGGAAAUCGUUGGACUGCCAAAGGGCUAUCGCUUGCAUUUCAAUUCCCAGAAAGAUACAAAAUCGUUUCUAUCCUAUAUAAGCAUUUACAUAAGAUUGACCGUGAGAUGGAUGCAGAAUACUUGUCCAACUUACACGACUCCUUCGCUGGAGGAGCUGCUACGCCUCAAUUGCCAUGGGCCCAUCGGUGCCAGCUACUCGUUCAUGAAGCUCCAUGAUAGGGGCAACAAAUGCGGAAGUUUCAUUGUCAGGCAAUGCGAUCUUGAUUAUUCAACCUACUAUAUCGACAUAAAUACAAGGGUAGUGGCUCGUACAAAUCAUCACGAGCGCUGUCAAACAGAAACGUUCAAGAUCACACGUAGUGACAAUAAGUGGCAUCUAGUCACUAAGGAGAAGCCGGAUCCGGCCUUUGAUCAGCUAACCGAUAUAGCCAAUUACAUUCAUGCCGAGAGCGAAACACGAACUCUGAUACACCCAUCCACCUAUGACAAGCCGCCAUUGCUGUUGCUGUGCCUGCCCAAAAAUCUGAAAGCCAAAAAGACUAACAUGGUGCUGAGCGAAACGGAAUUGCAGCGACGAAAUCCGCAAAUAUUUAAUCCGUUAACCGAUUUACUGGUUUUCGUAGGUACAAUUGGGUUGACUGGCGAGAAGAAUGUGUACACAAUGCGGGGGGAAUGGAUACAACAGGGCUCCUUUAAGGACGUGCCUGUCACGCUCAAAUUUGUGCAUGAUGCCUCAAAGAUAAAUGAGUUCUUCGAUCUGUCGUCCAUCUGGACAUCAAUACUGUCGCCGCAGUUCGUUAAGCUCUAUGGCAUUACGGUCUCAAGGCCCUACACAAUGGUCAUGGAGUACUCUGAACAUGGACAGUUGAACAGGUUCCUCAAGAACCAUAGCGAUGUCAGUCUAUCCUGUCUGCUGGAACUGAUGCGCGGUCUGGUGGGUGGCAUACACUAUCUAAAGGAUCAUAGGAUUAUACACAGCUAUAUACGUUGCGCCAAUAUGUUUGUCACCAAAUAUGAUCCAAAAUCGAAUGAGCUAGUGGCCAAGAUUGGCGACCCCGGCUUCCCGCGUCCCUACACACAAUCAGACUUGGCCUGGAUACCCUCAAACUAUUAUAGGAAUCUGGAAUUGGCGAAGAAAGACCACAGCACACAGUUUUGGGCGUUCGCGACCACUGUCUGGGAGAUAUUUGCGCGAGGUAAUAGCUCGCUAGAGCGUCUAACUCAAGAGGAUCUGAUCAAAAACAAAGUCACGUACGCGAACAUACUGAAAUCUCAUGAUCACAGUAUAUGUCCGCCAGAAAUAGAGUUAAUCAUCAUGGAUGGGUGGAACGAGGAUCCAGAUAAGCGUUUCAAUCACCUCAAUAUUUACAUACGCUUGAAUGUCAUUAAGAAUAGAAUCGAAAGGCCCGACUAUGAAAGCCCAGACGCAGAAGUCGUGCUUUCUGACACAAACUCACAAGGGAGCCGCGACGACGACAAUAACGAUAAUGACAAUGAUGAGAACAACGAGAGCGCACAGACCGUUGGCCAUAAUCCGAUGAUGCUUAUGGAAAGAGGCCCUAUAUUCCCAUUCAAUUGUGACUUCAUCUGCACCCGAGUUCUAUUGGUAGAGGAUGGCAAGGUUAUCUAUCAGGAGAAGGAUGUUAUUGGCGAGGGACACUACGGGUGUGUCUAUCGCGGAAAACUAGAGCUCAAUGACCCGAGUUGCGGCAGCAAAUUGGUGGCUAUCAAAAAACUAAAAACCGUGAAGGUUGCCAACGACUUUGAUCGCGAAAUCAGCAUUAUGAGUAGACUGAAUCAUCCGAAUGUCGUCAAUAUCCGGUAUUGGGACGAAAAGUCUCUCAGCAUUAUCAUGGACUAUUACGAGCUGGGCUCGUUUUCCGUUUAUUUAAAAUCGCGCAAGCCGAAUCCAGCCGAUCGGAUUCUUCUCCGCUAUGCGCUCGACAUUGCCAAGGGCAUGAACUAUUUGGCCGAGAAAAACGUAAUACAUCGCGAUCUUGCGGCACGUAAUAUUCUAGUUGAUCACGACAAGGUGAAAAUUUCAGACUUCGGCUUAGCCCAGAUAGCCAACUCGGAUGGCUAUUAUAUAGCCAUGAACGAACGCGAAAUACCCAUAAAAUGGUACUCACCGGAGGCCAUCGAAACUAACAAAUUCUCGUUGUAUUCGGACGUCUGGAGCUAUGGUGUGACGCUAAUUGAAAUCUUCUCUCGCGGCGAAGUACCAGUGCUAGAUAAAGAUAAACAGGAUCCUACAAAGGAUGAAUUUUUGAAUAGUUUAAAGGAGGGUAGACGCUUUCCGCAGCCGGAAGAUUGUCCAAUGUUUGUGUACAGGGAUCUGAUGUUACCCUGUUGGAAUGCCAUACCCAAAGAGAGACCCAAGUUCAGUGAGCUCGUUAAACGCUUACAACAGGAAAUUGGACAGACUGUAAGCAUUGCUGCAGCACAACAGCAACAACAACAACAACAGCUUCAGGCGAAUCACUUGCCAAACCAUCAGCCAAACCAUCAAAUGAACCAUCAAGCGAAUCAUCAAGUGAACCAUCGACCGAACCAUCAGCAGCAGCAGCUACAAGCACCGCCAACGCUACACAGAACAUCAAUCAUUAAUGCCGACUGACACAAGGAUGAGGAUGACGAGGAGCGCUACACAAAUGAAACUGUUGAGGACAUACAGCUAACAACAUCGAAGUCCAAUUAGUCCUAUACCGUUUUAACUCUUGAGCUUUACACACCCAGCAUGAUGAACGUUGCUUUGCGUUGUUUUUUAGUUUUUUUAAUUCACUUUAUGUUGUUUUAUUUUUAAUUAAAAACUAGACUUUUAUCUUAUAGUCAAAAUGACGCACCUGCCUUAGAGCAAUGAAAGUUUCAAAUCAAUCUUUUUAAAAAUCUGUAACACAUUUGCACGACUAUAUAUACAAUAAGAAUAACAGAAAUCGAGACAAAAACAACAACAACAAAAUAACAUCAAACCUAGGUGUUCAUUUAAGUUAAACUUCUUAGCUUUAAGCUGCGCACGCCUUGUUACUUUAAAGAGAAUUCUCAUUUUUAUUUUGUUAUGAAAGAGGAAAGAAACUUAGACGGAAGUGAGUGAAAGAGGAAGAAACAUCACCACACCACCACCACUUUCUUACCCUAUUUUGUUAAAUAUUGUUCAAUUUGGUUUAUUUUUUUAAAUGUAACUACCAUGUAAAUAGAGAAUUAAAUUAGGAUUAUGUAGUUUGUAUGCAUGAAAGUUUUUGAGUUUUAUAAAUGUACGUACAUAUAAAUGUAAUGUGAAAACAAAUUAAUAUCACAAAAAUUAAAAGCAAAGAGUAGCUAUAUACAUACGAGUAUACAGAUGUAUAUACUAUAUGUAUGUAGUUAUAUAUUUUUUCUCUGCAUAAGAAUGUAACUUGAACUUAUUUUUAGUGAACCACCAUGUGC